UAUGGAUAUAACUUUUAAUAUGAAGCAGUUACACAUGUUACUUCUAAAAUAUCAAGGCUGUCUCCAUCUUUGUACGGACAAUGAGGGUUGUAGUUCUGACCUCGCAUGUUCAUUGUUUUAUUCCGUCCGAGGGGGAGGCGCAAUUUGAUCCUCAAGAACAUGGCGGAGUAUUUAGCAUCGAUAUUUGGUACGGAAAAAGAUAAAGUAAACUGCUCGUUCUACUUUAAAAUCGGUGCAUGCCGUCACGGAGAGCAGUGUUCAAGGCUACAUAACAAACCGUCAUUCGGCCAGACAAUUUUGCUGCAAAACCUGUAUAUAGCUCCUCAAAAUACAGCGCAAAGUGCUGAUGGCUCACACAUCAACCUUACAGAAGUUCAAGCUCAGCAAAUCUUUGACGAAUUUUUCGAGGAGGUCUUUGUUGAAUGUGAGGAGAAGUAUGGGGAAAUAGAGGAAAUGAAUGUAUGUGAUAAUCUCGGUGAUCAUCUAGUUGGAAACGUUUAUAUCAAAUUCAGACGUGAGGAAGAUGCUGAAAAAGCUGUCCAGGAUUUGAAUGAACGCUGGUUUGGUGGGAGACCUGUUCAUGCUGAGCUCUCACCUGUCACAGAUUUUCGUGAAGCAUGUUGUCGUCAGUAUGAACUGGGAGAAUGUACAAGGGGUGGUUUCUGCAACUUCAUGCAUUUGAAACCCAUUUCGAGAGAACUUUGUCGUAAAUUAUACAAUCGCAGCAAAAAACGUUACGGGAGAAGACGCCGAUCACGUUCUAAUUCACCGUCCAAGAAUCGAUGUUGCCGUUCAAGGUCAGCUGGUCGUGUGUCAAGGCGUUAGCUUUUCUUCUGCGUGACGUUGUGCAUAAUUUACUUUUGUUCUUUGUUUAUGGUUUUACUUCUGUGAACUGUCACGAUUCACAUGAAGUGAUAGGAAGUCCAUUAGAGCUUCAUGAAGCGUUUUACGGUGUACUAAAUAUACAUCUUUUAACUGU